AUGGGAGCACAGAUUUCUAAUAGUUUAAACCCAGGCCCAUAUUGUUUUAGAGUUCAUGGGCAAAUUUAUCACCGAACAUCUCAUUUAUAUCCUUCCACUGGGAUGCCUCCUAAAUUUGCACAACUAUAUGUCCUUGAGACCACCCAGGCUGUUAAUGGCAGGUUACACAUGAAAGAAAAUUCUGGUUGCAAUGAGGAUCUCUUAAAAAGAUCAGAUAUUUUAAUAAGACAGAAUAACCCAUUUUCUAUUAGUUUUAAAACCUUGGGAGAAAUUGAGAAAGAAGAAAAAAAUAGGGCUAUUCAAGAAAAUCUUCCUGUUCAAAAAAUCAAUAUGAAUUUUCGUGCAGAUCGCUCAAGUGACAAGCGAAGAUAUAACAUUCCUAAUAUAGAUGAAGUAGCUAUGAUUUUUACAAAUGAUGAUGGUGAACCCCCAUUUAUCAAGGUCUAUCCUCGAGUUGAUGGUAGUGAUCUGAUAAAUAUAAAUAUAUUAAGCCCUAAUCUUGAUCCAAUGGUAUAUCCUCUAUUAUUUCCUUUUAGUGACCCUGGUUGGAAACCAGAUUUAAAGGGUGAAAAUACAGGGCGUACAAGGGCAAAUAUCUCACUACUACAGUUUAAAAUAUUUAGAUUAGCAAUUCGUGAAAAUGAAUUCAACCCAAUCCUUUUUGCUGGGAAAUUAUCACAACAAUAUAUUGUUGAUUCCUAUUUACAGGUCGAGGCGAAUAAUUUAAAUUUUAUUAGACAAAAUCAGUCAAAAUUACGAGUAGAUGAAUAUUCUGGAUUAAUGGACUACUUGGAAACAAAGUCAAACAAUAUAAUUCCCGGCAAAGCAGUAAUAUUACCAUCAUCUUUUCAAGGUUCUCAAAGAAAUAUGCGAGAACGCUAUCACGAUGCAAUGGCCAUUGUGCUCAAAUUUGGCAAACCUGAUUUGUUUAUUACUUUUACAUGCAAUCCUAAAUGGCGUGAAAUUAAGGAAAAUCUAUUUCCCGGGCAAAGUUCUACAGAUAGACCAGAUUUAAUAGCCCGUGUUUUUAAAUUGAAAUUAAAUGAAUUAUUGUUCGAUAUAAAUAAAAAAAAUUUAUUUGGUAAAUCUAUGGCUUUUAUAUAUACAAUCGAGUUCCAAAAAAGAGGUUUGCCUCAUGCCCAUAUACUUAUUAUUUUAAACGAUGAUAGCAAAAUUGAAACAUCUCAAACUAUAGAUAAAUUUGUUUGUGCCGAAAUUCCAGAUAAAAUUCUCGAUCCUAAACUUUUUCAGAUUGUUACCCAUUUUAUGAUACAUGGUCCUUGCGGGAUAUUUAACCCCAAAUCGCCUUGCAUGGAAAAUGGCAUAUGUACCAAAAAAUUUCCGAAGGAUUUUCUAAUGGAAACAAGACCAAAUAUUGAUGGGUAUCCAUAUUAUAAAAGGCGAGAUAAUGGUAUUACAAUUCUUUCCGGUAAACCUACGGAUAAUCGUUAUGUUAUUCCAUAUAAUCGAUAUCUAAUGUUAAAAUUCAAUGCUCAUAUUAACGUGGAAAUUUGUAUAUCUAUUAAAUCGGUAAAAUAUAUCUUAAAGUAUAUUUAUAAGGGCUAUGACUGUACUAAUGUUGACAUUAAUGUUGCUUCAAAUAUAAAUAUUAAUGACGAAAUUAAAUCACAUUUAAAUGCGCGAUAUGUGAGUGCAUGUGAAUCAAUGUGGAGAUUAUUAGAAAAUAAUAUGCAUGACCGCUCGCACGCUGUUAUUCGCUUAGGAAUUCAUUUACCUUUACAACAGCCAGUAUAUUUCACUGCUGGACAUGAAAGAGAUGCUUUAUUGAGAUCAGAAAAUAAACAUACUACUUUAACGGCAUGGUUUGAGUUAAAUAAGACAGAUCUAAAUGCUAGACAAUAUCUUUAUGGGGAAAUACCUUAUCAUUAUGUAUUUACAAAUUACCAUUGGAAACUAAGAAAAAAACAAUUAAAUGUAAUUUCGAGAAUGUAUUCCGUUCAUCCUAAUUCUGGUGAACAAUUCUUCCUUCGAUUAUUAUUACUUCAUGUUUGCGGGGCUACAAGUUUUGAUUAUUUAAAAACUAUUAAUGGAAUUUUAAUGAGUACUUUUAAAGAGGCAGCUAUUAAAAGAAAUUUGUUAUCAGAUGAUAAAGAGUGGGAAUCAUGCUUAGAAGAGGGAUCAGUAUAUCAAAUGCCGUCACAACUUCGGAGUACUUUUGCCUUUAUCUGCAUUUUUUGUCAGCCUGAAAAUCCUGCAUAUCUAUGGAAUAGGUUCAGAUUUAUGAUGAUUGAAGAUUAUUUGCGUCAAUAUUCAGAAGUAAUUGCAAUAAAUAUGGCUUUAAUGGACAUUGAAAACGUUUUUCUUGAUCAUGGUUUAUGCUGUCAAAGUUUUGAUCUUCCUUCACCUACAAAAAUCCCCCCAAAACAACAUUAUGAUGCCCAUGUUGAAGCUGCCGAUUCAAUCGAGCGUAUAUCUAAAUUAAACCGAUUACAAAAAUAUGCUUUUGAUUUAAUUAUACAAGCGAUUGAAUUAGAAAAUAUUCCAGAAAGAUAUUUCUUCGUGGAUGGCCCUGGAGGUUCAGGUAAAACGUAUCUUUACAAUACCUUAAUGUGUUAUAUAAGAGCAAAAAAUCAAAUUGUAUUGCCUUUUGCAACCACCGGCAUAUCCUCUAUUCUUUUAAAGGGGGAAGAACCAUCCAUAGCGGAUUUAAAUUACCUGUGCCUAUCUUUGAAACUUCUACAUCCCAUAUGA